ACUGCUUCACACUUUCAACACUGCACUGAAGAGGGAGAGCGAGAGACUGGAGACGCACAGAUACCCCCAAGAUCUCCCAAAGCUACCGUCCCACAGAUUAUAGAAAAGAACCCCAAAAAUCGAAACAGGAAAACGGACAGCGGUUGAACAUGGACGAAGGAAUUCCUCAUUUGCAAGAAAGACAGUUACUGGAACAUAGAGAUUUUAUAGGACUGGAUUAUUCCUCUUUGUAUAUGUGUAAACCCAAAAGGAGCAUGAAGCGAGACGAUAGCAAGGAUACCUAUAAAUUACCGCACAGAUUAAUAGAAAAGAAAAGAAGAGACCGAAUUAAUGAAUGCAUUGCUCAGCUGAAAGAUUUACUGCCUGAACAUCUGAAGUUGACAACUCUGGGGCAUCUGGAGAAAGCAGUAGUCUUGGAAUUAACUUUGAAACACUUAAAAGCUUUAACAGCCUUAACCGAGCAGCAGCAUCAGAAGAUAAUUGCUUUACAGAAUGGGGAGCGAUCUCUGAAAUCGCCCAUUCAGUCCGACUUGGAUGCGUUCCACUCGGGAUUUCAAACAUGCGCCAAAGAAGUCUUGCAAUACCUCUCCCGGUUUGAGAGCUGGACGCCCAGGGAGCCGCGGUGUGUCCAGCUGAUCAACCACUUGCACGCCGUGGCCACCCAGUUCUUGCCCACCCCCCAGCUGUUGACUCAACAGGUCCCUCUAAGCAAAGGCACCGGCACGUCCUCGGCUGCCGGGUCCAAGGCCACCCCCUGCCUGGAGCGCGCUGGGCAGAAGCUGGAGCCCCUUGCCCACUGCGUGCCAGUCAUCCAGCGGACUCAGCCUAGCGCCGAGCUCGCGGCUGAGAACGACACGGACACCGACAGCGGCUACGGCGGCGAGGCCGAGGCCCGGCCCGACCGCGAGAAGGGCAAAGGCGCGGGGGCGAGCCGCGUCACCAUCAAGCAGGAGCCCCCCGGAGAGGACUCGCCAGCGCCCAAGAGGAUGAAGCUGGAUUCAGGGGGCGGCGCGGCAGCCGCGGCGGCCGCGCUCCUGGGGACCGACCCCGCGGCCGCAGCUGCGCUGCUGAGACCCGACGCCGCCCUGCUCAGCUCGCUGGUGGCGUUCGGCGGAGGCGGGGGCGCGCCCUUCGCGCAGCCCGCGGCCGCCGCGGCCCCCUUCUGCCUGCCCUUCUACUUCCUCUCGCCUUCGGCUGCCGCCGCCUACGUGCAGCCCUUCCUGGACAAGAGCGGCCUGGAGAAGUACCUGUACCCGGCGGCGGCCGCCGCCCCGUUCCCACUGCUGUACCCCGGCAUCCAUGCCCCGGCUGCCGCCGCCGCCGCCGCCGCCGCUGCUGCUGCCGCCGCCGCCUUCCCCUGCCUGUCCUCCGUGUUGUCGCCCCCUCCCGAGAAGGCGGGCGCCACCGCCGCCGCCGCGACCCUCCUGCCACACGAAGUGGCGCCCCCUGGGGCGCUGUACCCUCCGCACGGCCGCACCCACCUGCCCUUUGCCUGUCCCCGCGAGCACGGGAACCCGGAGAGCUCUGCUCAGGAAGAUCCCUCGCAGCCAGGAAAGAAAUCCCCCUGAAUCCUUGCGCCCCUUUCCUAGAAAGGACGAAGGUUCACGAGGAAUAAUAAUAUUAAUAAGUUAAAACACCCUUAACAUUUUUAAGGGAGGAAGUGUAAUAGAUGCACGCCAGGCUUUAAAAACAAGCAAACAGGUGUAUUGUGUACAUUUGGAGUUCCUGUUUUGCUCAUCUUUCACCACUCCACCCUCCACACACUAACAUCUCUUUCUUCCCCACCAGCUGCAAAAGAACCUCUGCUCUAAAUAUAGAUUUUUUAAAAAGAACUCUCCCCAGAUAAGUUUAGCCUUCCAUUAGGCUUGUUCCAUUAUCUUUUAAAAUACAGGACCUGAUUCUCUAGGAAGUAAGGAGGGUCUGCUCUGUGGUGAGCCAGGGUGGGGGAAAGGUGGCGGAGGAGUUGACAUUGAACCACAGUUAUCUGUCAGUGACUCAAAGCUGUCCUGCCUGCUUCAGGAGGCUUUCCGCAAACAGAAUGAUCUUUUAGGAUUGAAUUUACUCUUUAGUAUUUUGUAAUGUUCAGCUUUUUAAAGUACAUAUUUUUCAGACAGGAAGGGGAGAGGGUGCAGUCGCUCAUGUUGCAACCUAUUCUGAAGUGGUUUGAAUGGUAUCCCUUAGUAACUUGCACUUGCUUAAAGAGACGCGGAGUUGGGCCAUUGUCAGAACUAAGUCAGGGAAGUAGAUGGGUGAGGAAGGCCAGAAUCAUUCUUAGUACAUUUGUACAUUUGCUGGCACUUUAAGAAAUUGACCAUGAAUCAAUUGACUCAUCUUAAUUUUACACACAC